AUGGUGGCUCCUGCCGUACUCGUGUUGUACGGUCAACCAUUCCAGGCGGAACCGGAAAUGCAGCCUGCGCUCGGCUAGGCUGGAAAAGCGGCGCUGAGCGGUUCGCGUGAGUCCGGCAGCUGUGCUGGGAAUAGAUCUUCAGAGAUGCACAGGAUGAUUUGAAGCACCAUGCUGAUUGCUGCCUAUGUCGCUUUUGCUUUGCUCCUACUGAUAUGUUUGGGCUUGGAGUUCUCCGCCUGUCGCUCCAGGCUCACCAGCAGGUCUUACUCCAACCCAGCCUUCUUGCAGUUCCAGCUAGAUUAUUAUCAAGUCUAUUUCUUGGCUCUCACAGCCGAUUGGUUGCAAGGACCUUAUCUUUACAAACUCUACCAGCAUUAUAACUUCUUGGAGGCCCAGAUCACCAUUAUUUAUGUUUGUGGCUUUGCCUCAAGUGUGUUGUUUGGGCUGGUUUCCAAUUCCUUGGUUGACCGCUUGGGCCGAAAAAAGUCUUGCAUCCUCUUCUCCUUGACUUACUCUGUCUGCUGCCUCACAAAGCUCUCCUGGGAUUAUUUUGUUCUAAUUGUAGGAAGAAUAUUAGGAGGGCUGUCCACUGCUCUCCUGUUCUCUGCCUUUGAGGCAUGGUAUGUGCAUGAGCAUGUGGAGCGCCACGAUUUCCCAGCUGAGUGGAUUCCUGCCACCUUCACAAAGGCUGCCUUCUGGAAUAGCAUAAUUGCUAUUGGAGCUGGUGUAGUUGCCAAUAUCUUUGCUGAAUGGCUGGGAUUUGGCCCAGUAGCUCCCUUUAUGGUCUCUAUUCCCUUUCUUGUGCUGGCUGGUACUUUGGUUAUGAAGAACUGGGAUGAGAAUUAUGGAAAGAAGAGGGCGCUGUCCAGAACUUACACUGAUGGCUUGAAAUGCCUUCUCUCCGACCGCCGUGUCCUGCUUUUGGGGACUAUUCAAGCCUUAUUUGAAAGUGUCAUCUAUAUCUUCAUCUUCCUCUGGACUCCUGUCCUGGAUCCCUACAACCCACCUCUAGGUAUUGUCUUCUCCAGUUUCAUGGCUGCCAGCAUGGUUGGAUCCUCACUGUACCGUGUGGCCACAUCCAAGAAAUAUCACCUCCAGCCCAUGCACAUCCUGUCUCUUUCAGUCCUAAUGGUGUUUUUUUCACUCUUCAUGCUGACUUUCUCAACCAAUCCUGGGCAAGAGAACCCAUCGGAGUCCUUCUUGGCCUUCCUGCUUAUUGAGCUCUCAUGUGGGCUCUACUUCCCUUCCAUGGGUUUUCUCAGGCAAAAAGUGAUUCCUGAGAAGGAUCAGGCAGGUGUGAUGCAUUGGUUCCGUGUUCCAUUGAACCUACUGGCUUGCCUUGGGCUACUCAUCCUCCAUGAUAGUGAUUAUAAGACGGGUACUAGGAAUAUGUUCACUAUCUGCUCUGUUAUGAUGGUAAUGGCCCUCUUGGCUGUUGUAAGCCUCUUUACUGUUGUCCGAAACAAUGCAGAGCUCAGGCUGCCCAGUUCGUCUAGUCAGGCUGAGAUAUCUUCUCCUGAGCUCUGAUCAAUAGUAUGCCAAUUGUCCAUAAUGUGUUACAGAGCCAGUACUAUAUAUAUACAAGGAGUCUGCAAGGAGCCCACUGAGCAUCUGCCAAGUCCAAUCUGGACCUCUUCCACAUAACCAGAGGACUAAAGCGGAUGCACAACUAAUUUUCUUCUUUUCAACAGUGAUGGGCCACAUUAGGAACUUGGAUACAUCUAUGUCAAGCAUAGCUUUUCCCCCUUUCUCCUCCCCACCCCCAACCUUGGAGUUUUGAAUUCCAGUGGCUGCUUGGCUUCUGCUAGCCAAAUGUGGAGGCUGCAGUCUACUACUUCAUCCUGAAUUGAUGGUGACAGACAACGGCUUACAAGGACAAAGCAGGGUUUCUUUUUUUUUUUCUUUUAAAAAAGGCAACAGUGAGGUUGAUAGACUGAUUGUCCAAUGUCAGUAUUGAACUUGGUAGCCGGAUCAGCUGUAUUCUAUAAUCAGCAGUAUCAUCCACAUUCUAUGAUCUUCUGCUUUUUUAAAAAAGUAAUAAACUGAAAUUAAACAUAAAGAUUAUAUCGAGUCAAUUUUAAUUUUGACAGUAUAUAGCCAGAAUUGGUGAAAUAUUUCAAAAUGAAGGUAGAAUAUUUUGAAAUUCCAAAUUUAGACAUCACAAGGCUUUUAUUGUGUUUAUAUUGGUUUCACAAUUUCCAGUAUUGCAGUGAUAAAGCAUUGGUCUUCCAAUUUCCAUUUUCCUCAUUGUUUUAGCUUCUGUUUCAGUUUAUAGUGAAAAGUAUGUAAAUUAAGCAUCUGUUCACUAUUUUAAUCAUAUUUGUGAACAAAAUUUUAAAAAAAUACUGAGACUCAAACAGGAAGAGUAAGUCUUAGAUUUUAUUUUAUAGUGCAUCUUGUUUUGUUUCAUUGUCUAUCCCAGCACUCAGCAACCAAAACAUUUGCUUCCGUUGAUCUUAGCAUGAUCCAUGACAAAAGUAUAUGGCAACUGUAGUCAUAUCUGGAGAACUUAUCCAGAAUUCAUUUCCCCAAUAGCCAUGAAACUGCACUUUACAAUAUUUAGAUUCUUGCGCUAGAGCAUCUAGCUUGUAGGUUUGUAUCAUUUAGCCAAUAAGUGCCUUUGAAUAAUAAUUAUUUUUACCAAAAACUACUGGCAAGCAAUAGCUACUACUUGAGAGAAAGCAUUGCCCCUUCUCUGCAUUCAUAGAGAAAGUCUCUCUUGACAGCUGCAUGCUGCAUCUACAUGGGAAGUAAAUGUAUUUGCUUUUCUAAUGCUAAUGUGAAAACAGCUUUAUUUAACAGUCUGUACAGUAUAUUUUAAUGGUUAACACCUGAGCCAGUUAGUACAGUAAUUAGCAUUUUUUUUUCUAAACUGCUAUGAAAGUGGGUAUAGUUUUGCCUGAAGUGAUAGACCUUGAUUUUCUCUGCUUUGCUUUUUGUCCUGCCCAGAAUUAAAAGUAUAUUCAAGUGGCAAACAAAAGGUAAAACAAUGUUUCAGUGUGUUUUUGUCUACUUUUUUUUAGAUCUCAGCUUUUAUCUUUUUUUUCUUUUCUACAUGUUGCCUCUCUUUUCUCCCAGUUUUUUAAAAACUUUAUUUCAGGAGACAACUUUUAAACCAAUUGUUCCUUUUGUAGCCAGGUGAGGAGUGGUACAUUUCUCAGUGAUUUCCUGUAAUUUUUACUCAGUUUUUGACUUCUAAGGAUGUAAAAAUGUUACCACUUUUAAUAUAUAUUUGUCACACAUUCAAAAUUUAUUUACCAUUCAAGACCAAACAAUAAAAGUCCAGUAUAGAUAGUCCUCAGAUUACAAUGACAGUUUGGAAUUUCUGUUGCUAAGAAGUGCUGUUGUAUCAAAAGAAGAGAAUAUUUGUAGAUCAGGGUUGAAUUGUGGCAUGCUCUGAGCUUGGUGUGAGGGUUUGGGGGUUUUUUUUAACAGACAUUACCAAACUAGGUAACAUCAGUGCUAGCAUUGAAGUUGAGGCCUUUCUGUGCUCUGCAGUAGAUAGUAGACAGCGAGACAUGUUGACCAGCUGUUUAUGCUAGCACUGAUGACAUUACCUAAUUUGUUGAUGGAAGAUCUGCAAGAAAACCACCAAGCUCAAAGAACAUCAAGGAUCUGAAAAUGCUGUUGUAAAGCAUGAUGUGUGACCACAUUGCUUAGUAACGGCAAUUCUGACAGCCCUACUUGCUGUUGUAACCUCAAGGAUUGUGCAAGUCAUUAUAUACCAUAGGAACAGUGUGAGAUGGUGCUGGGGGCAUGUGCUGCAGAAUGCCAUGGGGUAUUGUGGGAAGGCACUAUGGAAUGCAGGUGGGCCAGCAGGUGCCACAAGUAAGUGCUAUGGAACAUAGGCGAGUAGGAUGUUAUAGAGUAUUGUAUAAGAUCCCUGGUAUCUUGUAUUCUUAACAGGGUUCCUCCUGCUGCUUCCCUAUUGCAAAAUUAUUUUUUGAACCUCUGGAAGUGAAACCUGAGACCAUUCAGGAAGAAGUUCAUCAAAUAGCUGUUAGGAACUUAAAAGGUUUUCAGUUGGUGUGAAAAUUAUAGAAAUGUCCAGAAAUAUCCAAGCCAAAACUUAAGAGGAAUUAUUGUUGCUACUAGCAUUUCUUUUGGGUAAAAGUGGAGACAAAAAAAACAAUUGUCUUUAUUCACUAUUGCUUGUUGGAUUCUGGUCCAAUUCUCAAGAGUGUAACACUGCUUUCAAAAGUUUAUUUCUUAUAGUCCUUUUUUACAAGGUAAAAGUUUUCAUACGAGGUAGAGUCAUUAUGGAUACAGGAAUUCCUGUAAGCAAGAAUUGCCUGUGCUUGGACCCUUUUACAUCUCAAACUAGGCUUUGGGGCAGGGGUUAGUUCAGCGUAAUGAGGGCUGUGUGAACUUUUGAGUAAUGAUUUCUGAUGAAAAAGGGUUAUACUUACUGAUUUCUUCAAAUCAACAAAGAGAAUAAAAAUAAAAUGAGAUCAUAUCCAAUCUGUUUGUCCAGACAGGUCUAAGGAACCUGUCAGUAGAGAUAAACUUGGCCCAGUUGAAUCAAAAACAAUUGAACCCACAGUUGGGUAGGCAGUCACCCUCUGAUGGAAGAUCACACUAAAGUCUUUGCAAUGGAAGGCAAAGGUACUAGUAACUAGCAUGUAGUCCAAAGUUGAUACCCUUCUAGGAUCCCUAAUAUUGAGUUCCCCCUCUGGAUCUUCCUGGAAUAGAUUCAUUAAGAAUUCAUUAAGAAUCUUUAAGUCAAAUUUUGUUGCCAAUAAGAAAAGCUUCCAAAUCUGUGUUAUUGUUGGAAUCCUUAGAUUUCUGGGAAGUCUCAAUCGAGGAAGAUCAUGGGAUACUGUAAUGCAGGAGAAAAGCCUUAUCAUUACUUCUCAAUCUGGCAUUGAAAUUACCAGUGAUUAUUACUGUACAAUGUGUAAAAUGAGAGGUUAAAUUCAAGAGCCAAGAGCCAAAACUGUCAUAUCCACUACUGAUUUGAGAAAUAUGGGGAGCUAGGAAACACUUCUAGAAACAAAUUGGGUAGGCUAAUUUUCAGGGGAAUAGCUCUAGCAAAUUGUUUACAAUAUUGUAAAAUAAAGUGUAAGCAUGGAGCAUCUCAGAAAUAGGUACGUAUGCUGAUUCUUCAUAAUGGACAGUCACUCUUCUGGUUAAGUCUAGGCAAGAGGGGAAUAAGAGGUGGUACUGUUUAAAAUAUAAAAGAUCUGUAUUCCAAGUCUGUAUCUUUUGUAAAAAUAAAACUUCAGAUUGUUUUCAGCAAUCUGUAAAUUGUAUUGGUCUGACAAGGGAGAUUCCAAUAGUAGGCAGGACACUGAUAUGUAUCACAGUUGCUCAUAACAUCUGCCUCUGGAACUGUCUCUGCUCCCGAGUCAGUCAGACCACUGAACUGAUUACUCAUAAUUCAUCAGUAACUGUGACUAGCAUGCAAUUCAGUUCAGGGAACAGAUCAUUAGUUAACUGCUUCAAGGAUUUUCUUGUGCUUAUAUGUGUAGACUUAAGAGUGAAUCCUCUUUUUCCUACCCAUUAAGAUUUUUUAAAAAGAACUGUGGUAAAAGAAAACCAAAUACAUGCCAGUCAUCAGGAUAAAAGUUGGGAAUCAAAAAUUGAAAGUUAAACAAAUUUAAAGUUAGAAAUGAUUUUUUAAAUGUAUAUUGGAGUCAGAGAAAACAAAAAUAUUGGAGUCAGAGAAGACCCUUGGCUGUGUUACACCAUUUUCAGAAAAGAAAAGAAAACCAAAUAGCAAAAUAUGUUCCCCCAAGUUUGCUGAUUAUCACUAAUUUUACCUAUUUGCCCAGUCAAUUCUACAGUGAUUUUUGAUAUGGUAAAUAAAAACUAUAUCAGAUGAGAUAGAAUGGGUAAAAUGCCUCUUUCCUGUAUCACAUUUUAGCCCUUCCGUGUAUACACUAAAGUUGGAGAAAAAGAAGAUACUGUAGUUAGCAUUGUUCUGUUUGGUAGCUGUUUUAGGUUUUUGUCUCUGUCUAGAGACCUGAAGAGUAUUAAUCACACAUUAGUUAUCUACUUGGUCCAGACAAUAUGAACAGCUAAAGUUAAGAUAAAGGGGGAACCAAUGACAAUGCUUGACUUGGCUGUGCUCAACACAGUUGACCUAGGUUCUAGAUUCAUUAGGCUUGUCAAAAAAUUAGCUCUUGGAAUUAUGUCAAGAUGAUGAGUACCUGUAUAAGCAAAUUCCAAACCUACAGAGGAACAUUUAGAAAGCUCUGGUUCUGUUACAUGGAUCCCAACAAGGCUCCAUAACAUAUUUUUUUAGCAAGUUAUUACCAACUGGGAGCCAUUUACGGUUUGCUUUAUGAUUUGGGAUGGGGUAAUUUUGUCAAGAACUAGAAAAAGUUAACAUGUUACUACUGUACACCGUUAUCUGUGGCACAUUCAUAGCUAGAAAACAUAACAGUGACGACCUACUUGUCCAGUAGAUCAUCUCCUAUUCAGGAGUAUUACUCGGGGUAAUUCUUAAUCAUAAGCAGACAAUCAGUAAUAGUUUAUAACUCUCAGUAAUUAUUAUACUCUUAGUAAGAUAAGAGUUACUGAACAAACUUUUAAAAGCCACAUGGAAGCUGUGGUUGUGCGAAGUUUGAUUAAUUGUAACCUAGGUUAGGCUUUUUGAGGCUUA